GACGGCAACGCGAAAAGUCGCGACUGCACGCCGGAACCUAUGCCGCUGCGCGCAUUGCCUUUGGAGUCCACGACCAAGUUCCGCACCGGCGCCGACGCAGAGCUGAUCGAGUACGUGCGCAGCCGGCCCGUGCUGUACGACCCCUCGCACUCGCGCUACAUGGACAACCUGCUCAAGAACGGCCUCUGGAACAAGAUCGGCCGACAGCUGAGGACUAGCCCGAGCGCAUGCAAAGCGCGCUGGAACAACAUCCGCGACAACUACCGCAAGGCGCUGCGCAAACGCAGCAUCAACGGCAAGCUGCAGUACAAGUUCGCGCACCUGCUGGGAUUCAUGGACCCCAUCUACAAGGGCCACUUUGAGCUCAGCUCUUGCCAAGCAGCCAAUAAUAGCGCAAGCCAAUUAAGCGCGAAAAUAGAAAACUCGGAAGACAGCAACGACGUGGAAGACCCAGACGAAUCACUGCAACAAUCAACCAAUCACGAUGACCAAUUCGAGGCCGACGGUCUCUCCAACCAAUCAGAGUCCGUCGUAGACUACGAGAUGUUUGAAAAGUCCAACGUCUCUGGUUCCUACCCCCCGCACCCCGCGCCGCAGGCCGUGGACGCGUUCUUAGCUGCGAUUGGUAUAUCGCUGAAAGGCCUGAGUCCGUACCACUUAAGUAUGGCCAAGGCGGAGAUUUUCGCUGUUGUGCAUAAGUAUGAGUUGAAGGGGAUUGUGCAAAACGGGUGGGCGCCUUCUAAUGUUAAUCCUUUGCCUUGAGAGGUGUAGAAGUGUAUGGUGUUCACAGAAAAUUAUACCUUAAACAAAAAUCUGUCUAAAGUUAGGUAGGGUUAGCCAAGGUUUCGAGUGCACAUCACGCCGUGCGUCGCUUGCCUUUGGCAGGGAUUUAUCCUUACAAAUACUGAUUUAAACCUUUACUAUGUUUACACAUUAUUAUUUACUUUAAAAAUUGGACUUAAGCUUUAAAACUCUCCGACGUUUCGAGGAAGGAUGUCCCGUGGUGGUCUCGGAGAACGAUAAAGUAAACUUGACAUGAACAUUUUCAUUUUUCGUACUAGCAAAGAGAAUAGAUAGUAUAGAGGGCUAUUGCCAAAGUAAAUUUUGUAGUCACGGUACAUUUACUGCCAUCUAUCGACACACGAUUAAAACCUAAAAUAAAAUUGAAAAUGUAUAAAUUAAUCAAAAUAUGUUUACGGAUAAA